AUGCCGCCUCUGACCGUUAACGAGAUAUGGACCCCAAAAACCGACAAAAAUCGAUACGAAGCCGUUCUGGAAUUCGAGUUGGCAAAUCCAUUGGCGAGUGAUUUAACAAAGAACUUUCUCAAAAACAAAAAGUGUGUCAAAUGGAUCAUGGAAUCCCGCAUAACAACCAUCAAACACCCCAUCAAGCCACGUCAUCUUCUGAAAUCCGCCAUCGAAGCCUACAUCCUCUACAAGGACCGAAAAUCCAGCGGAAAUUUCAAAUUUCCCGCCAAACUCCACCCGCUCAUCGCCACCACGCCUUCAGGCAUCAUUCAGGAGACGUUAUCAAAAAUUUUGGAUCCAGAAAAUUCUGAAUAUUUAUCACUGAAGAAGGCAAAAAAGAGAGUGGAAAACGCGUCGGGAAUGAAGAUUCUAGUGGAAUUGACGUCGAAUCAGAAGGCGAUUCAGAUGAAGGAUUCUGAAGACGUGGAGGAUUCAGAAGACGAAGAAGACGUUGACAUCGAACGUCUUCUAAAAUAUUCUAGAAAAAUUUCACGUGAAAUAGACGAAAAGAGGAAAAUAGAAAUGGAUGAGAUACUGGAAAAAGCAGAUCCCGAGAAAAUUUGGUUAAAAAUGUCUGAAAAUUCGGAAAACUUGGAGAUGAACGAAGACAUGAUGAAGAAGAAGACGUCGCUGAAGAAAAUCGCCAAAAAGCAGAAGAAAAAUGUGAGAAAUCGAUCGAAAAAAUUGGUGGAGGCGUCAGAUGAUUCAGAUCAAGAUGGCGUGAUCUGUUUAGAAGACACUUCAGAAGACGUGAAGAAUAAAGAUCCCGCGAAGUCCAAAAAUAAAAAAAGGAAGGAUCCAGAAGAGUUCCCAGAAGACAUUUCAAAUUCUGAAUCCAAAAAAUCUGAAAAAAGAAAACGUCGAAGUACAAAAGACGUGACGGAUUCUGAAUCCAAAUUUACUAAAACGAAGAAGAAGAAGAAGACUUCUGAUGACGUGCCAACUUCGGAAGACUUAACCGGGAGACGUGGCGGAUUCUGA